CAGCGUGUGAACUUUCGUAGCUUAUCUUUAUGUGACAAAUAAGUUUAUAUUGAAUGGAGGCUACACUCUCGCGUGAUAUGAUGAUUAUUAUAAAAAGUCACUUGAGGGUGAUCAUGAGUCAUGUGACUAUGCAAAAUGUCAACACACAGAAACAGGAAAAGUGUUGUGUAGCAUAGUGAUAGCUAUAUUACCACGGUAAUAAACGGGCUUAAGUGCGAAGAGAACGGCGUAGUAUACAUAUAACAAGUACAAAAAAUAGCGAAAACUAACCGAAGAGUUUGGGAUUACAGCCACAUACACGAAAGGCAAAAUGCCCAUCUUAUUUGCAGUUGUUGCCAGAGGCGCCACUGUACUGGCUAAAUAUGCCAGCUGUGCCGGGAACUUCACUGAGGUCACAGAACAAAUUAUAUCCAAAAUUGCACCAGAAAAUUCCAAACUGACAUAUUCUCAUGGAAGUUACCUGUUUCAUUACAUAUGCGAUGACAGAAUUGUGUACUUAUGUAUAACAGAUGAUGAUUUUGAGAGAUCAAAGGCAUUUUUAUUCCUGAAUGAAGUAAAGCGAAGAUUCCAGGCUCAGUAUGGUGUGCGGGCCCAGACAGCUCUCCCCUACGCUAUGAACAGCGAGUUCUCACGUGUUAUGGCCUCACAAAUGAAAUUUGUAACAGAAAAUCAAGAGCAAGACCAUGUAGAGAAGGUACAAGGUCAGGUCGAUGAACUCAAGGGCAUCAUGGUCAGAAAUAUUGAUCAAAUUGCAGAUCGAGAAGAGAGACUCGAGCUAUUAGUUGAUAAAACAGAUGAGCUAAGCUCUAAUGCGGUCACCUUUAAGAAGAGUAGCAGAACCUUAGCACGAUCAAUGUGGUUUAAAAACAUGAAAAUCACCAUCAUUAUUGCUGUAAUUGUCAUUGUGAUCUUGUACUUCAUUAUUUCUGCUGCGUGUGGAGGACUAGACUGGCCGUGUACUCGCAAGUGAACUCGCCAAACCAUUGUACUCGUCUAGCCAUAUAUACAACUCAUCACAACCAUAGAGAACCUUUGUCUUUCAUAUUUAUCUCCUUUAUAUCAUCAACUGCAAUAUCAACAGUGUUGUCUGAUGUCAGUUGACCAAUACUUGAUGUAUUCACCCCGACUACCACAGGGAUAGCUGAGUAUAAAGUAAUGUGUAUAUAGUGUGGCUUGUCAAGGAAGGACAGCUUGGCUUCAUUUCAACACUGUGGUGUUGGACAUCAAAAUCACGAAUGUCCCUGUGAUAAGAUAGCUGUGAUUACAUUGUAGGAUAUUUCCUGCACCAAAAGGGAAAUAAAUAAGUGAGAUAUUUUCUUUUGUACAGAGAUUUAAAUUGUUUGGAUUACUCCUGUUAAAAAGGGAGAAAUCAGUACCAGGUAGUCUUUUGUCUAAAAAGAGACUAUGAUCCGUGAUCCAGAUCUGUUCUGUCACCAGCGAUCAUAACCAGAGAUUGUGAUCUUUCCUGUAAAGGGAGAUUGUGAUCUUUCCUGUAAAGAGAUGUAGAUUAUUUGGAAAUCUUUUUGUAAAUGUGGUGUAAGAGUUUACAUUGGUACAUUGUGAAAGAUAUGUAAUAGUUUCCUAAGAAAAAUACAUUUGAAUCAUAGACAUCUGGGUUGCUACUUCAUGUAAUAACAUAUUAACCAAUUUUACCGGCAGAUACGCAUUGGAACCAAAAAAAUGUUUUACAAGGGGAGUGGCAUAGAAGGCAUUUUUGAAGAUAAAGAUAGAUUUUCUGUACA